UUUCCGUAAUCACUGAAGGCAACAUUAGCACCACGCGAGAUCCGAUCAGAGCCACGUAGCUAGCUGGUGUUUCAGUCCCUGACAGAUGAACUAUCAGCCAUAUGGACAGCUGAACAUCGAUAGAGUUGACACCGCCCGUCCUAAUCUGCUGCUGCAAAAUAGCGUAACCACAGACCUGCUGCUUCCUGUUCUCUACGUGCUCCAGUCACUGUUGCCAAAGUUGUCACACCUACACUAAAGGACCAAUAAUAAACAAGUCCUCGGUUUACCUGCCCAUCUGCUCAAAGUACUACUCUCAGACCAGUCACACGUGUUCUCUGUAAGCUUGUGUCGAUCACACACACCCACACUAGAAGGAUUUAAAACACGUAGUCUGGUUCCUCGCCCACACAUAGUCACAGCAAAUAUGGCCAGCAAGCUGACCAACUUUGGCAAGACCCUGCUGCGUCGCCGGGCAUUAGACUGCUCUGGUGAAGAGACCCGAUUCGCUCGCUGCCUGUCCACCCUGGACCUCAUUGCCUUGGGGGUGGGCUCCACACUCGGCGCUGGUGUCUACGUCCUCGCUGGCGAGGUCGCCAGAGAAAAGGCCGGACCUGCUAUUGUCCUCUGCUUCCUUAUCGCUGCUCUGUCCUCCAUGUUGGCUGGCCUGUGCUACGCUGAAUUUGGCGCCCGUGUCCCCAAAACAGGCUCUGCGUACCUUUACAGCUAUGUGACGGUUGGAGAAAUCUGGGCCUUCAUCACAGGGUGGAACCUCAUCCUCUCCUAUGUGAUAGGUACAGCCAGUGUGGCCAGGGCAUGGAGCUCAACCUUUGACAGCUUGGUUGAGCAAAAGAUCUCUGACUUCUUCAAAGCCUCAAUGACAAUGAGGGUGCCCGGGAAUGUGUUGGCAGAGUACCCCGACCUGUUCGCUCUCAUCCUGGUCCUGCUGCUCACCGGACUUCUGGCCUUUGGUGUGAACGAGUCAGCGCUGGUGAAUAAGAUCUUCACAGGCAUCAAUCUGGUGGUUCUGGGCUUCGUUAUCAUCUCUGGCUUUGUAAAGGGAAACACGGCCAACUGGAACCUGACGAAGGAAGACUACUUAAGCUUCGUAAACGCCACCAACAUGAGUGGACCUGCAAAAGUCGAGGAGGAAUUUGGCACGGGCGGCUUUGCGCCGUUUGGCCUGGCUGGCGUCCUGUCUGGUGCUGCCACCUGCUUCUACGCCUUUGUGGGCUUUGACUGCAUCGCAACAACAAGUGAAGAAGCAAAGAACCCCAUGCGCUCCAUCCCUAUUGGCAUCGUCGCCUCUCUGCUGAUCUGUUUCUUCGCCUACUUCGGUGUGUCUGCCGCGCUCACCCUCAUGAUGCCGUACUACCAGCUGAACACCCAGAGUCCUCUACCAGAGGCCUUCAGCUUCGUCGGCUGGGCUCCCGCCAGAUACAUCGUGGCUGUGGGCUCUCUCUGCGCUCUGUCCACCAGUCUCCUAGGCUCUAUGUUCCCCAUGCCCCGCGUCAUCUACGCCAUGGCAGAGGACGGGCUGCUGUUCCGUAUGCUGUCCAGGAUGAACACUCGCACAAAGACUCCUCUCCUGGCUACCAUCGCUUCUGGUGUUGUUGCAGCUCUGAUGGCCUUCCUGUUCGACCUGGCAGCUCUGGUUGACCUUAUGUCCAUUGGAACUCUGUUGGCGUACUCUCUAGUGGCCAUCUGUGUUCUCAUCCUCAGGUACCAGCCAGGCUCUCUGAGUUCGUCCAGCCAGACGGAGAAGCUGGUGGAGCUGGUGGAAGGGGAAAAGGUGGCUGUAAGUGGAGGGGACAGCGGUGAUGAGUACGGGACGGAGACAGAGGAGAGGCCGCUCCGAGAGACCUUCACCGUCAAGCUGCUCUUCUGCCCCAGCGGAAAGACGCCAACGCAGACCUCUGGGCACAUUGUCUACGCCACCACUGCUAUUAUUUCGGUUUUUAUCACCGUACUGUGCAUUCUCCUGGCCAACUGUCUCCCAGAGCUGCUGGCCGGGCACGCAUCUGUUGUGGUGCCCUGUGUCAUCUUGACUCUGCUCUGUGCCGUCUGUGUCAUCAUCAUCUGGAGGCAGCCUGAGAGCAAAGAGGCGCUCACCUUCAAGGUCCCUCUGCUUCCCUGGUUGCCCCUGUUCAGUGUUUUCGUCAACAUCUACCUCAUGAUGCAGCUGGACGUGGGUACAUGGUGCCGCUUUGCUGUCUGGAUGCUUAUCGGUUUCGCCAUCUACUUCUUUUAUGGUAUCAGGAACAGCAGCGAAGCUGCCAAAAGGUCAUCUCCACGCAAAUACGAGCCCGCACUGCAGACCAAGACCCCCAUUUACAAAGGCGCCCCUGACGACAGUGACGUGGAAGCAGGCAGCAGCCCUUGAUACAAACUGAUGCAGACCUGGGGAGUGUUGCCAAAGCAUCUACACUCAUUUUGGCAGUCUGGUUGAACUGGCAGCCAAAUGCUGCGAUGUAGGCGGCUUGGAACGCAGCCCUGGGUUUAAAGGGAGGAGAGGCAAGAAAACGCCACACACAUCUUACCUCUGACUUGGAGGCUGAUUAACUUGAUGGCUAGACACUGUGACAGAGCCACUUUCUGGCCCAUGUGUCUGUUUCAAUCUGUCUGUCUGUACUUAGCCUUAGCCCUCUGAGAGAUAUUUACCUGCCUAUAACACAUGCUUUGAAUGGACCUGACUAACAUAGAGUACUGCGGUGCUCCUCUUGAAGUUCUCUUUUCUGUUUUUUUAAGCCGUUAACUGGAAGAAUGGUUUAACCGUUUUCUUCCUUGCUCCCUCUCCGUUAUUGGUGUGCUGUGGUUGCUUGUGGAGCCACCGGACCAGUAGAAUAACUACUAUCACUAAAAAACACGACUUGAGCCAGUGAGGUUACGAUUGUCAAGACGCUUGGAUCAGUGAGCUAGACUUCAAUAAGCAGCAGCCGCCAGAGCCUUCAGUAGAGCUAACGUGUCUAGUUUAUUGGUCCUUGUUUAUUGUACCUGUUUGUUUGUGUGUAAACAGGGUAGCGCUGAGGCUGUGUGGUUUACAGUCAGUCAGGGCCUCAGUGCAGUUAGGUCAGUAGCACAUAGACGACAUCGAUGUCAUCCACACUGUAGGGUUCAGUGUCUGAAGCUGUAGUUCUCGCUUUUAAAGGUCGCCCUCGUUGUUUCCCCUGCUCCCAGAAAACAGCCAUACAGUUAGUCUGCACAGCAGCUUUUUAAAAUGGGAUGAAAUAGAGUGGUGCAGGAAAGUCAAAUAGGUCAGUAAAUACCCUACUCGUGAAUUUUGAAGCCUUUAGGUGUCUCAAAAAAGGCGGUCGCAGGACGUCAUCACACAGAACAUGGCUGUCCUGCCUUCUUGUAUUGGCAGCGUUGAAGUCAUGUGCCAGUGGUGUUGUUUGUUAAUAGCCUAACGUUAGCUUUAUACUUCUUGUGACUGCAUUUAGGCUUCAAAAAUCGUCAAAGUGUUAUUCAUUCCUGAAGAUUACCUUGCAGAACAAAAAAUUUAUCAUAAAGUUCUGUUUGCCACAGAGCUUAUUAUCCACAAUAAUCCAAAAUUCAAUGGAAAAUCCCACAAGACAAUUCCUGUGUUGGCCAUCGUUUCUUCAGCACUCUAUUAGAUGCUUAUCGUAAAUUAUCCGUGUUUGUCUUGCAUAUUGACCGUGUUGAAAUGGUAUUUGUUGGCAUCUUGUGGCCUUUGUCUCAACCUUAUCCAGAUAACUAAAAUGCUUUUAAAACUUUUACCAGCUAAAGGGGUGAAAAAUUAAUUUUUGACCUGUGAAGGGCGUUGGAAUCCAGAAAUUUAAGUAAAAACUGCACAGCAAAGCAGGAGUCAUGAAAUUUAAUAUGCUAUGCUUUGUUAUUUUAAACAUACUUUCAUACACUGAAUUGCCCAUAUUUGGUUGGAUAUGAGUUUUCCUCCAAAACAACAUGGGUAUGUAAAUAUCUGAAUGCAUUUUAAAUCAUCAAACUAAUUGAUUUACUAAUCCCAGAUCUCAUCUACAUACUUGCACCUUUCUGCUUCAGAUGCUUUGCACUUAAUGCGAUUAACAAGCGUGUUACCCCCUGACGGUCAUUUAAAAUUUUAGUUACUACAAUAUCUGUCCACCUCUGACUGAUCUGGGAGCUGCAGGAUCUGUUUCUGAACAAGGGGCCUGUCUUUCAUCGCUACUAAAAUAUGGUAUUCACCUUUUUCGUUUUUACCUCCUUGUGAAAAGACUCACUAAGGUUCUUCUUUAGUUUCAAUUGAAACUUGUUCUCGGCAGCUUUAUCUGUUGAGUUCCAUCACCUUUUAUUUUAUUCAACUGUAUUUUAUUUCUACUACUUUUAUUACUUCUUCUGAUAGAACUGUUAAUAUUCAAAUAUUUAUAGUUUUGUUUGUUCGGGGUAGCUUUCUCUUGUUUCUUUUUGCCUUUUCGUAUCAAUCAUUUUAAAACGCUUUGUAGAUGUUAAUGUAUUUUAAUUGUUACAUGUACAGUUUUUAGUGUGCUGAUCUUAUUUGGUCUUCUUUGUUGCUUCCACUAUGUUUUUUUGUUUGUUUUUCCUUUUGUCACAAAUGUCACCAAUUUAUCUAAUUAUAAUCCUUUCUGACCAAAUGAACAUGUUUUUGAAAACUGAGCUUUUCAGAACAGAAUGACCACUAAAAGUUGGUCUCUAAAUUGUGUAAUAUAAAAAAGCUGUUUACCCCAACCCUCUGGAGUCACUGUAACUUAUUGUUAAUAGUAUAUUUUUGUUGUUUUAGAAAAGUGCUUUACUGUAGAAUGUACAGUAUUUGUUUAAAACUGUAUCUUUAUUUGUAUAAUGCUGUAAAUUAUACAAAUUUUAACAUAUGACCUUGAGUAUAAUUUGGCAAGAGAUGUUUUUUGUUUGUAAAUUACACUUGAAGGCAUUUCAUUUGACACUUAAUGCUGCUGAAAUCCAAUUUAUACAAAUCCAAGUCACCUUUUUUAAGAUAAAGGUCCAGGUGGAUGCAAUAUUGAAGCAUUUCUGUAGAUGCCGUCGCUAAACAUCUUAAGUAUUCGCUUAGGAAAUGCUCCCUCCUGUCAGACGUGUCAGAACUUGACAUAUCUCCCGCAAAGUUUGCAGAGAAGGAGUGUUCAGUGAAGGUAGAUCUGGAUUCAGCCAGUGUUUUUAGAUGAUGCAAAUCAAUAAACUGGUGCCUUCUGCCUGAGAAAGACACUGGGGCUGUGAAACAAGGAGUCCAGCUGUACGUCGGACUACUCAAAUACUUUCUGAUUUUCACUGGAGAUUUGAACUCUGCCUGGCAAUGAUGGUGACAUCAUUAAAAGGUUAUGUGGCUGUGACUUAGGUCACACAGAGCUCUUCACACUCAGCCCUUGUGCCUUUCAAAAAUCAAUACUAUCAUCUCCCCUCCUCGAUGCUAACUCAUUAACAGCAAUGAUCUAUUUUUGUCUUUGUUUUAUAUCCUGUACAUAUGGCUGUCAUGUAUAAAAUGAGCUGUAUUUUCAAUGUUUUUUUUAAAAUAAAACAAUAAUUCAUGCUUA